GUCCCCACUCCUUCUUUCUUCCUCUUUCCCAUUCGUCCAGAAACUACUCCCUCUCUUCUUCUUCCCCGCCAAUCCCUUUUCCUUCUUCCCUAAGCAAAAUCCCAAUUCCUCUUAACGACUCAUUUCCCUCCAAAUCCCUAGCCAUGCACGAGACCGACCUCCACGAUUUGUCCGACGACGCCGAUUACGCUGCCUCGAUCGAGCAAGCAUCUGCGAGCGUCAUGCUGACGAGAAGCGAGAGCGGGAAUAGGAGCCUUUCCAGCGAGACGGAAGGUGCUGAACUGAUCUAUUCCAAGGAUAAUGUCGCGAUUCACCCGACGCAGUUCGCUUCCGAGAGGAUCAGUGGAAGGUUGAAGCUGGCUAAGCAAGGCCAUUCAGUGUUUAUGACAUGGAUACCAUACAAAGGGCAAAGCUCCAAUGCCAGGCUUUCUGAGAAAGAUAGGAACCUUUACACACUCAGGGCUGUGCCUUUCUCGGACGUGCGCUCAAUUCGUCGACAUACACCAACUCUUGGGUGGCAGUACAUAAUUAUUGUCAUGUCUUCAGGACUUGCAUUCCCUCCUCUUUACUUCUACAAUGGAGGAGUGAAGGAGUUCUUCACUACAUUGAAGCAACAUGUUUUGAUUGUCAGGUCGUUGGAAGAUGCAAAUGUAUUCCUUGUGAAUGAUUUUCAGAAUCCUCUGCAGAGAACAUUGUCCUCCUUGGAGAUGCCAGGGGCUGUUUCCAUUGGAAGUGCACCAAGUACACCUGCUUCGGGUAGUCAUUUGACAGCCUUCACAGAUGGUGGUAAAACUAGUGAAGUUCUUUCUCAAAGCAUCUCAAGGAAUAGGCAGAAAGCUCAUGAUCCCGGCCGUGAUCUUUCUAUUCAUGUUCUCGAAAAGUUCUCUCUCGUGACCAAAUUUGCUCGAGACACAACAACCCAACUGUUCCGUGAAAAUAGCAACGGUUUUAGUGCUCUCGAGACAAAAAGUUAUGGCAUUUCUCGCCCUCGGCCUGAUGCCCCUUACCAGGAAGAACCAGAAAAGGUCCCUGAAGAAAUUCAUGUACCUUCAGAUCCUCUAGAGUUUGAUAAGCUGGCACUUGUUUGGGGGAAGCCGCGACAGUCUCCUUUAGGGUCAAUGGAGUGGGCCACUUUCUUAGACUCAGAAGGGCGAAUCACUGAUUCAAAAGAUUUAAGAAAGAGGAUAUUUUAUGGAGGAGUGGAGCACACAAUACGGAAAGAGGUUUGGGCAUUUUUACUGGGAUAUCAUGAUUAUGACUCAACUUAUGCUGAGAGGGAGUAUCUCAAGUCGUCCAAGAGGACUGAGUAUAUUACAAUAAAGCAACAGUGGCAGAGUAUCUCCCCUGAACAAGCCAAGAGAUUUACUAAAUUUAGGGAACGGAAAGGACUUAUAGACAAAGAUGUGGUGAGGACUGAUAGAUCACUACCCUUCUACGACGGAGAUAACAACCCGAAUGUGAAAACGCUACGCGAUAUUUUAUUGACAUAUUCAUUCUAUAACUUUGAUCUUGGCUACUGUCAGGGCAUGAGUGAUCUACUGUCUCCAAUUUUGUAUGUGACGGAGGAUGAAUCAGAAUCGUUUUGGUGCUUUGUGGAAUUGAUGGAACGGCUUGGGCCAAAUUUCAACCGUGACCAAAGUGGCAUGCAUGCUCAACUGUUUGCUCUCUCUAAGUUGGUAGAAUUAUUGGACCCCCCAUUGCACAACUACUUCCAGCAAAAUGAUUGCCUGAAUUACUUCUUCUGCUUCCGCUGGAUUCUGAUCCAGUUCAAGAGGGAGUUUGAGUACGAGCAAACAAUGUCCCUAUGGGAGGUGCUAUGGACACACCAUCUCUCCGAGCAUCUCCACCUAUACCUGUGCGUCGCAAUCCUGAAGCGGUAUCGCGGCAAAAUCAUGGGGGAGCAUAUGGAUUUCGACACGCUGUUGAAGUUCAUCAACGAGCUGAGUGGCCAUAUUGAACUGGAUCCCUUUCUCAGGGAUGCCGAGGCUCUCUGCAUAUAUGCUGGCGAGAAUGGUGCCGCUUCCAUCCCACCAGGUACUCCCCCCUCGCUGCCCAUCGAGAACGAGAAUAGCUUGCUUUAUUCCCUAGAGGACGAGGUUCUGUAAUCCAAUGCAAACAGAGAAUCAUGUUUCGCUUCCCUGUGUUUCCCGUGGAAGUUGAAUCUCUAAAUCCAUAAUUUUGUAUACUUGCUGGUAUUUUCACAGAGCAAUGUACAUAAUGUAAUCAUACUCAUAAGCUUUCAUUUUAUUUAAUCCCCUCUGUGAUUACAUCAUUUGCCCGAAAAUGGUCGAGUAGAAAGUUGUUUGAAAUUGGGGCUGUGAACACUAGUGACUUCUCAACUAACUAAAACAAGCUCAGGCGC